GCAUGAAGCUAAGGUCAUUUUCAUUCGGGAACUACCCAGCUCUGCAGACCACAGCCGCCAGGGAGAAACGCCGAGCAGCCAACAUCCGAGAUGUCUCUGUCCAAUAAACUCACCCUGGACAAGGUGGAUGUGAAGGGAAAGCGUGUCAUCAUGAGGGUUGAUUUCAAUGUGCCCAUGAAGGACAAGACCAUCACAAACAACCAGAGAAUCAAGGCUGCAGUCCCAUCCAUCCAGUACUGUUUAAACAACGGGGCUAAAGCUGUGGUGCUGAUGAGCCACUUGGGCAGGCCCGAUGGCGUCCCCAUGCCCAAUAAGUACUCUCUGGAGCCUGUGGCUGCAGAACUCAAGAACCUGCUGGGGAAAGAUGUUAAGUUCCUUAAGGACUGUGUCGGUCCAGACGUGGAGAGUGCCUGUGCUGACCCUCCUGCAGGAUCCGUUAUUCUCCUGGAGAACCUGCGCUUCCAUGUUGCAGAGGAGGGCAAGGGCAAAGAUGCCGCAGGAAACAAGACCAAAGCAUCACAGGAAGAGAUUAACGCAUUCAGGUCCUCCUUGUCCAAGCUGGGUGACGUCUACGUUAAUGAUGCCUUCGGAACAGCACACAGAGCCCACAGCUCCAUGGUGGGAGUAGAUCUGCCUCAGAAGGCUGCAGGCUUCCUGAUGAAGAAGGAGCUGGACUACUUUGCCAUGGCUUUGGAGAAACCACAGAGACCUUUCUUGGCCAUCCUUGGAGGGGCCAAAGUCAAAGAUAAGAUCCAGCUGAUCAACAACAUGCUGGACAAAGUAGAUGAGAUGAUCAUUGGGGGCGGCAUGGCAUUCACCUUCCUCAAGGUCCUCAAGAACAUGGAGAUCGGCACUUCACUGUUUGAUGAGGAGGGAUCCAAAAUUGUAAAGGACCUGAUGGCCAAGGCAGAGAAGAAUGGUGUCAAGAUCUCUCUCCCUGUCGACUUUGUCAUUGCAGACAAGUUUGAUGAGAAAGCUGCGACAGGCACAGCUACAGUGGAAGCUGGCAUUCCAGCAGACUGGAUGGGUCUGGACUGUGGACCGGAGAGCUCUAAGCUCUAUGCAGAGGCUGUGAGCAGAGCCAAGCAGAUUGUGUGGAAUGGACCUGUUGGUGUGUUUGAGUGGGACAAUUUUGCCAAGGGAACCAAAAAUCUGAUGGACAAAGUUGUGGAAGUGACCAAAAAUGGCUGCAUCACCAUCAUCGGUGGCGGAGACACGGCUACCUGCUGUGCCAAGUGGGACACUGAGGACAAGGUCAGCCACGUGAGCACAGGAGGUGGAGCCAGUCUGGAGCUUCUAGAGGGUAAAGUGUUGCCUGGUGUCGAUGCCCUCAGCAGCGUAUAAGCCUGUGGCACGUCGUCUGCCGAUGUUGGGGUGCUCUACCCUGAAGAGGCUGCUGCUCUUAUUCACUCACUCAGCACUUGUUCGACGCGAUCACCUUUCAGGGCCGCAAAUGGCGAUCCCCCAUCUCUCUGCUGCAUCAACGGCCAGCAGUGUUCUGCGCUGGAUUCUCUCACUGGUUCUCCACUACCUUCAGUUACUCCACCAUUUGUGUUAUUACCGUAUUGCCUAAAGGGAGGCCUCACUCAUGCAGACAGCAACAGCAUACUGGGUCCUUCUGCUUUGUUUCACCUGCUGAAAUAUUAGUUUUUGUCUGUGUGCAUCAUCCUUGUAUUACUAGUAAAAGUAUAUACAGAAUAGUGUAUUAAGAUGUAAAUGUGGUGCGUGUGAUGUUACCAUAGAGUUUAUAUUUUAUAUUUGUCGCCUCUUCGCAGAUGUUUAAACUACAUGAAAACUGUAGACACUUUCCUCCCCUCAUAUUGCACUUGUCAUCCUGAUCCUAUGGCUUGUAUGGUAGAUUGUUCACCAGUGGGGUCAUACAGAUGGACUGACCAGAAGACCCAGGUAGUCUGUCAUGGAAUACAAAUAAAGGAGUGGAAAAAAAAAAAC